AUGAAUCUUCUUCAGAAAUAUGGAAUGUUUGACUGUAAACCUUUUUUUAUUUCGAUAGAGGUGAACUCAAAAUUGAGCAUGUCAGAAGGCAAAGAUUUGGAGGAUUCUGUUAUGUAUCGACAGAUUGUUGGCAGUCUAAUAUAUUUGACUCUCACGAGACCAUAUGUUACUUUUGUAGUUGGAGUAGUGAGUAGAUUCAUGCAAAAUCUAAAGAAGCCUCAUUUGGAAGCAGUUCGGAGAAUUCUGAAAUAUAUCCGAGGUACACUUGAUCUCGGUAUAUUCUACAGAAAUGGAGUACCAUGCAAAUUGGAAGGAUACUACGAUGCUGAUUAUGAAAGAGAUUGUGAUACCCGAAGAUCAACUACUGGGUAUGUGUUUAGUCUGGGAUCGGGAGUUAUUACUUGGUGUAGUAAAAGGCAACCAAUAGUGUCACUGUCAACAACAGAAGCUGAGUAUCGUGCAGCGACGAUGGCAGCACAAGAAAGCACUUGGUUAGUGCUGUUGAUGGAGAAUCUACAUCAGCCAGUAGAUUAUGCAGUACCAAUAUAUUGCGAUAAUCAAUCAUCUAUCAGUUUGGUUGAAAAUCCAGGAUUUCAUGUAAGGACAAAGCAUGUGGAGGUGCAAUAUCAUUUUAUUAGAGAAAAAGUAUUGGUUGGAGAAAUCAAAGUGUUACAGAAAGAAGGUGCUGAGGAAUUCAAUUGUGAGCUCGUGGUAGGUUGGCUCAAUGAUGUUGAAGAACCGUGCGGAUGUCGACUAGGUGUGGGUGGAUUUGCAGCUGGUGCUCUUCAUGCUCAGACUAGUUGCUAUUGUGAUGGGGGUGCUAGUGCUGAUGAAGGUGAAGUGGAGGAAGAUGUUCCUUCGCCACGUGGGCGCUUAUUGGUAGCGGCGCAGUUGCGGUUGCUUUCGACGAGAUUGAUUGUGGUCCCUCAUAUUGCCUAA